GGUGGCUCCGACGGCGGCGGUGCUGGCGAGUGGAGAGGAAAUGGCCGGAAGGUCCCCGGCGUCAACUGCCGAGCCCGUCGCGGGAGCCGUGGACGGGGCGGAGAAGGCCGGAGGGCAGGACAUAUCCUCACAGAAAAUUGAAGACUUGAUGGAAAUGGUGAAAAAGCUGCAGAAAGUGGGAAGCCUAGAGCCCCAAGUUGAGGUCCUGAUUAACCGGAUUAAUGAGGUCCAGCAAGCAAAAAAGAAGGCCAAUGAAGACCUAGGAGAGGCCCAGACCAUCUGCGAGGCCCUGCAGAAGGAACUGGACUCACUGCACAGAGAGAAAGUACGCCUGAAGGAGAUCUUGAACAAAAAGCAAGAGACCCUGAAGAUCCUCCGGCUGCACUGCCAGGAGAAGGAAAGUGAGGCACAGAGGAAGCAUGCCAUGUUGCAGGAGUGCAAGGAGAGAAUUUCUGCUCUGAACGUAAAGAUCGAAGAAAAGAAGGAAAAACAGAGACAGCUGAGGUUGGCUUUCGAGGAGCAGCUGGAAGAUCUGAUGGGCCAACACAAGGACCUCUGGGACUUCCACAGGCCAGAGCGGCUAGCAAGAGAGAUCUGCACCCUGGACAGCAGCAAGGAGGAGCUGCUCGAGGAAGAGAAGCUGGUCAAGGUGAAGCUGGAAGAUGUGAAGCAACAGCUGUGCUCCCUGUGUGGUGCUGAGGGCCCCUCCACCCUUGAUGACGGCCUCUUUCUCCGCAGCCAGGAGGCAGCAGCCACAGUGCAGCUGUUUCAGGAAGAGCACAGGAAGGCUGAGGAGCUCCUAGCAGCUGCUGCCCAGCACCACCAGCAGCUGCAGCAGAAGUGCCAGCAACUGCAGCAGAAGCGGCAGAGGCUGAAGGAGGAGCUGGAAAAGCAUGGGACACAGGUCCCUGCCCAAGCCCAGAGCACACAAGAGGAAGAGGCUGGCCCAGGAGAUGUGGCUCCCAGACCGGGUAGACCAGUGACAUGGCAGAGUUGAGAGGCUCACUGGAGAGCACCAUUUCCAUGGAAAAAUGGAACGUGGCAAAGUACAGAAAUUCUUCAGUCAGUUCAGGAGAGAGGAGUUCUCUAAGAUGCCAUUAAUCAUACCUGUUUUUAAACAAACUGGCUUAUAUAUACACUAUCCAACAUGACUUUUAAAUCAAGUGGAAGUUAGAAAGUAUGUUGAACUGAACGGCAAUGAAGACACCACAUUUUAAACUGCAAUUGAGUAAGCCCAUGAUUAGAAGGAACUUUUUAGCUUUUGUUGGUUCACUACAAUUUUUUUUUAAAAUCAACCAGUUACUCAGUUAAGAAUAAAAGGUCUUUGACACAGUUCAACACCUAUUCAUGUGAAAAAAAAAACUCAUAAGAAAGUAAAUAGGCAAUUCCCUUA